AUGCAAAUUUCCAACGUCAUCUGGGGGCUCCACUUUGUCAGCUACGUCCUGGAUCCCGCUGCUUCGAGUGCAGAAAAUCUAUGGCUCAAUCUGGAUAUCAUGCCUUUGAGUUCAAUGGGUGACCUUCUAGGGCAUUUGAAAGAACCUCUCCGGCCUUCUUUAGUGAAACGAAUGAUCCCCAUCGCCCCCUUUGAGAAACUCAUCGUCCAGAAUUGA